UAUUGGACCAAGUACAGACCUUUCUUCCACAGAUGGCCCAGGCAAAUGAGAAGCUAAGAAAAGACAUGUCAGCCGCACCACCUGGUCGUUUCAAUAUUGAAAACAUUGAUGGGACUCUUGGAAAAGUUAUACAAAUGGAUGUGGCCUUGUUUGAGAUGAAUCAGUCAGACUCAAAAGAAGAAGACAGUUCAGAAGAGAGUUCACAGGACAGUUCAGAGGACAGUUCAGAAUCUGAGGCUGAAGAUGACAGCAUCCCCGGUGAAGUCACCAUAGAUAACAUUAAGCUUCCUAAUUCGGAAGCUGGGAAAGGCAAGAUUGAAGUUUUGGACAGUCCAGGUAGUAAAAAAAAGGAAAUAGUGGAAUAAAAGAUCCAAAAAGAAACAGGUGAUACGUGCCUGCUAAUUCUUGAAGAAGAAUGUGAUUCACUGACUAGUUUACAUUUCAGGUACUCAUGGUGCUUUUAUAUUCUAAAAGAAAAACUUUAGACAAAUUUAACAGAGUUUAUUUGAGCAAAGAAUUAUUCAUAAAUUAGGCAGCACUUAAAACUUAAAGGGGUUCAGAGUUCUGCUGUGCAGCAUGGGCAAUAAAAGCUUAUCUUUUGUAGGCUGAACACAUAAGUGAAGUGCAGAAAUAACUUGAUAGAUUACAGCUAGAUGUUUGCCUUUGGACAUGGUUUGAUCAGCUGUCUGCCUGUGAUUGGCUGAAGCUCAGCUGUUUGUGUUUGGCUGAAACCCAGCCAUUUGUUGCAAAACUGAUAAACUACUAAGUUAGGUUUCCAUUUGUUUCCAUACUGAGAUAGGUUGUAGUUUGUUGCAUAGGAACUCAAAGUACAGAGACAGCCUCAGGAUAAUGGUCUCCUGCUUAUUUAAUUUAGCAUAUGUAAUAUUGGAUGUAUUUUAUUUCUCAGAGAAAUCAAAACUGGCUUUUAAAGAGUUGGAAUAUAUAGCAUUUGGGUGUCUGCCAAGGGGAGACUAAUCUUUGAUCUCAUGGCAAAGAGAUCUGUUGUUUAGAAAGCGUAAUUUUGGGCACGGUGAUGAGUAAAUUUGUUGGCAUCUUCUUUCUUCAGCACGGAUUUCAGAAGUAUCAAAUUUAUCUUAAAAUAAAAAUGCAAAUCACCAG